AUGCCUAAAAACUACCUGGAGCAGUCGGUCUCCAUAAAGCGCACGGAUCUAGCAGAGUUACUGACGAAAGCCGCUCACUUUUCGAUUGACAACUAUCAACAACUGCAAAGUCAAUGCCACGGCGGCAACUUGCGCUGGGACUAUCAUAACGCUUUCUUUUUCGCUGGAUCGUUAGCAUCUACCAUUGGAUACGGAAACGUUUAUCCUGAAACAUUUGGUGGCAAAGUAUUCUGCAUAUUCUUCAUCGCUUUCGGAAUUCCCUACUUUGGAUACAUGAUGAGCGUGAUAUCUGAGCUGAUCCAUUUGAAUCUACGACGGGUGGGCACCCUUCGAAUUCGUCAUCGCAGCCUCGUCCCAAGCUCCUCCAAUUUUGAUAAAUCGAAAUACACGAUGGAGUUCUCGACUGCUUCGUAUGUUAUUAUAGGCUCUGCAGCUCUCGUUUUCCUGCCUUCUUAUGGUCUCACAUUAAUAGAAGGAUGGAGUUACUUUGACAGCAUGUACUACAGUCUCAUUACGCUCACUACCGUCGGUAUCGGAGACUUCGUGCCUUCUAUCCUGCCUCCUAACAAAUUUGCAACGUACGUACGCAAUGAUACAAAAUGCUUCGAGGCUUUGGUUGACCCCAUCGAUAGCUCUAGCAAAUCUAUCGAUACAGGGAUGCCGAUUGCUUGUAAUCAGACGGAGUGGACCGAAGCAGUUCAGUUAAGUUAUAGUUGGUAUCGCGUACUGGUCUUUAUUUGGAUUCUAAUUGGGCUUGCUUGGCUUGGCGGAAUUAUUCAAAUGAUUAGCGAUAAUUUCAGAUUCAAAGCAAGUAACCCUGAAGUUGUUCUGAAACGGUUCUAA